UCCUACAUUGUUGAGUUCGAAGAGAGUGAGGAUUCGUCCAGCUUCUACGAUCACACAAGCUCGCUUGGUGAGACCUUAAGAACUUUCGACUCGUCGCUAUUCAAGGGCGCCUCGAUCAAGUUCCACAACGCGGAAACUGCCGAUGCCGAGGCGAGCAAUCUCCUUUCACUGCCCAGCGUUAAAAAUGUCUGGCACAAUGGUCUAUACUCUUUGCCCGAGACCAAGGUCAUCUGGACAGGAAACCCUGAGACUGGCGUCGUUUCCAAGAGACAAGACGCCAACGCAACUGACACUUUCUCGCCUCAUGUCAUGACCCAGGUGGACAAGCUCCGCGCCCAAGGGAUUGUCGGUGAAGGUAUCAAGAUUGCUGUCAUUGACACUGGUGUUGACUACACUCAUCCGGCUCUUGGCGGUGGCUUCGGCCCGGGCUACUUGGUUAGCUACGGUUAUGAUAUUGUCGGCGAUGACUACACCGGUUACAACACCCCUCACCCAGAUGAUGACCCAUAUGACGGGUGCGCUGGGCACGGAUCUCACGUCGCCGGUAUCAUUGCCGCUCAGGCCAAUGAGCUUGGCUUCACCGGUGCUGCUCCAGGAGUAACUCUCGGUGCAUUCCGUGUCUUCGGAUGCGACGGUAGCGCUGCUGACGAUGUCCUCAUUGAGGCCUACCUCCGAGCUUAUGAGGCUGGUAGCCAGAUCAUCACUGCGUCUAUUGGUGGCUCUUCCGGGUGGAGUGAGCAGCCCUGGGCUGUCGUCGUCUCCCGAAUUGUUGAACAGGGCGUUCCUUGCACCGUCUCAGCCGGUAACAGCGGUGACGUUGGUCUCUUCUAUGCUAGUACUGCCGCCAACGGCAAGAGGGUCACUGCCAUUGCAUCUUUCGAUAACGUUGUGUCGCCUGCUCUGCUCCACACUGGGAACUACUCUGUCGAUGGCGGCGCUGAUACUGAAUUCGGCUAUGCUCUCGGCGAGCCUGCUGGCUGGGCUGGCGUCAACCUGCCUCUGUGGACUGCCUCUCUCAACACCAGCGAUCCUGCCGGCGGUUGCGACCCCUACCCUGCCGAUACCCCAGACUUGUCUGGUUACAUAGUGCUCAUCCGUCGUGGAACUUGCACUUUUGUCCAGAAGGCUACCAAUGCUGCCGCCUUCGGUGCCAAGUAUAUCAUGUUGUACAACAACGUCGCUGGCGCAACUUCUGCUGCUGCUGCCGUCGACGGCAUUCUCGCUGUGGGGAUGACCACUGCUGCCCAGGGCGCUACUUGGGUCAAUGCACUUGCAGCUGGUUCUGAGGUUGUUUUGGACAUCCCUGACCCGGAGACGUCCCCUGUACUCCUCCAAGAGACCAAUAACACUGUCACCGGAGGAUAUCUUAGCACCUACACAUCGUGGGGCCCUACCUUUGAAGCCGAUGUCAAGCCCCAAGUUGGAUCUCCCGGUGGCAACAUUCUGUCCACCUGGCCCCAGACUCUUGGCUCUUACGCCGUUAUCUCUGGAACUUCCAUGGCUUGCCCUCUCGUCGCUGCCAUUAUUGCGCUUGUAGCUGAGGUUCGUGGUACUUUUGACCCCGCUGUCAUAGAGCCUAUUCUUGCCGCUACUGCCAGCCCUGCCGACCUGAACGAUGGAUCCUCCGCUUACGACAUCUUUGCUCCUGUCGCUCAGCAGGGCUCUGGCUUGGUUCAGGCGUAUGAUGCUGCAUACGCCACAUCGCUUCUCAGCGUCUCGUACCUUGCCUUCAACGACACCGACAACUUGGUCGAUACUCUGAACUUCACCAUCAGCAACCUCGGAACUGAGGACGUUACAUACGAUGUCGCAUCCAUUGGCGCUGCCACUGGAUACACGUUCUCCACAUCCAUUAUCCCGGACCCCUUCCCGGGUAUCGAGUUCGAUGACACUGUUGCCACUCUCGCAUUUAGCGAAGACAAGGUUACCGUUCCUGCUGGAGGCGAUGCCGUCGUCGCCGUCACUGUGACCCCUCCUGCCGUCGACGCUACUCGUCUUCCUGUCUACUCUGGUUUCAUCACCUUGACUGGAAGCAAUGGCGAAAGUCUCUCCCUGCCUUACCAGGGUAUUGUAGGCAGCCUUCACGACACUACUGUGCUUAACGAGGCUUACCUGUCUCUCUCCACUGAUUCUACCCUGACUGCUAUCACCGGCAGCAACUCCAGCUUCGUCAUCUACAAAACUAACAGCAACGCGACUGUCGCUGUCCAGCCUGUGGCCGUCGCCGACUUGGCUUUUGGCUCACCGUUGGUAAAGUACGAGGUUCUUGAUGCCUCUAGCAACGGAACCAGCCUUGGUGAAAUUCUUGGCUCGCCCAUCUACUGGAACUCUCGUGACCCUAUCGGUGCGACUUGGAAUGGUACUCUUGCUGACGGAACCUACGCUCCUGCUGGAAAGUACAAGUUCCAGAUCUCCGCUCUUCACAUUUUUGGUGACGCCAGUGACACAUCCGAGUACGAUGUCGGCACUACUAGCGAGUUCUCUAUCACUUAC